ACAUCGAACAGUGGUCCAAGUCCAAGAUGGCGGACUAAGCGACAUGGCUCUUCGGAGAAGUUUCACAUUUACGAUCUUAUAGAUUCAAAAAUAGCAUCAAAUACCUCAACUGUUCGCCUUUUCUUAAGCCCAGGAAACGGACUUUGAGUGUGGAGCGACGGCGUGUUAGCUGAAGUGAAGAUUGAAGACGUGAUAGAAGAUGGACGACUACUGCUAUGCUAAGAUGGCGACGUCAUGUCAAAGAGAAAGUGAAAGACAAUCAGCGCCACCAACGGAGAACAAUCUGAAAAGCCAAGAUGAAGACGUCCAGCAGCUGAUGAGUAAUCCAGAAGAAGUUUCCCCUCAGUCAGGGGGGAGCUCCACUUUGAAGCAGGAGACUCCACAACCACCCUGCAUUAAAAAGGAAGAGGAGGAACUCUGCAUCACUCAGGAGGGAGAGUGUCUUCUAGGACGAGAGGAAGCUGAUUACACCAAGUUUCCACUGACUGUUGUCUCUGUGAAGACUGAAGAUGAUGAAGAGAAACCACAAGUAGACAACCUCUUAGCUCCACUAUCAGAUAGUGAGGCUGAAGAGGAGGCUGAAGAACCUUUGAGCAGCGAUACAGACUGUGAAGGUGAUAUGAGGACUCACACUGACAACAAACACUCUGAAUGCUCUGCAAAGAAGAGAGGUAAAACAUGUUUGAGCUGCUCAGUUUGUGCUGAAAGUUUUACUAACAAGAGCAAUUUAAAUCGACACAUGAGAACACACACAGGAGAUAAACCAUUCAAUUGUUUAGUUUGUGCUAAAAGCUUUUCUCAAAAUAGCAAUUUGACUAAACACAUGAGAACACACACUGGUGAUAAACCAUUCAAUUGUUCAUUUUGUGCUAAAAUAUUUUCUGUUAAGUGGGGUUUGACCAAACACAUGAGAACACACACUGGUGAUAAACCAUUCAAUUGUUCAGUUUGUGCUAAAAGAUUUUCUGUGAGGUGGGGUUUGACUCAACACAUGAGAACACACACGGGUGAAAGAACAUAUAAAUGUUCAGUUUGUGGCGUAAGCUUUUCCCAAAAUGGCCAUUUGAUUCAACACAUGAGAACACACACAGGUGAAAAAACAUUUAAAUGUUCAGUUUGUGGAAAAAGCUUUUCUCAAAAUAGCAUUUUGUUUCAACACAUGAGAACACACACGGGUGAAAAACCAUUUAAAUGUUCAGUUUGUGGCGUAAACUUUUCUCAAAAUGGCCAUUUGACUCAACACAUGAAAACACACACAGGUGAAAAAACAUUUAAAUGUUCAGUUUGUGGAAAAAGCUUUUCUCAAAAUAGCUAUUUCACUGAACACAUGAGAACACACACAGGUGAAAAACCAUUUAAGUGUUCUGUUUGUGGCAAAAGUUUUUCUCAAAAUAACAUUUUGUUUCAACACAUGAGAACACACACAGGGGAAAAACCAUUUAAAUGUUCAGUUUGUGGCGUAAGCUUUUCUCAAAAAAGCCAUUUGACUGUACACAAGAGAACGCACACGGGCGAAAAACCAUUUAGUUGUUCAGUUUGUGGCAAAAGCUUUUCUGGUAAGAGCACUUUGAUUGAACACAUAAGAACACACACAGGUGAAACGCCAUAUAAGUGUUCAGUUUGUGGCAAAAGCUUUUCUAAAAAUUGCCCACUGACGAGACACAUGAGAACACACACAGGUGAAAAACCAUUUAGUUGUUCAGUGUGCUGUAAAAGAUUCACUCAUAAAGCAGCCACAGUAAAACACAUAAGAACACACAAGGGAAAAUAAGCAAAUAGCUGUUUAGUUUGUGGUAUGUUGCUCAUGUGGCGACAUCCACCCUACCCAGGACCUCCUCACUGCUUCUUUCACAAAUAUCUAAGGUAUUCCUAAAAACUUGGAUUAUUGGAAGAAUACUUUUAUUUAGCUGCCAACUUUUCCUCCUCAGACUGAUUGAUGUGCAAAUCAGAGACAUAUGAACAAUUAACCCCCAACACCCUCAACCCAACCCCCACCUCCCUGGACUUUCGGGCAUAACAGCUUCAAUCAGGCCCGCGAGAUGAGUUUGCGAAGUGUAAAAGUCGGCUGUAUUUUUUAAUGAAAUAAAACUGCUGUUCUAAUUGUGUCCACUGGAUGUCACAAUAGUAAGUCUGUUGGCAAGCAAAUAGUUUAUACCGGGGCGAGCAAGUAUACCAAGCAAGAGGUACACGGUAAAGCGGGGCUGUGACUCCUCCCCCUCCAGCCAACGUAAAAGAGGAGUAAAAUAAUCAAUCAGUAACCCCACUUCAAAUGCAGCAUGAGACACUGCACACUGAUAUAGUUCUGUGAAAAUGAUUGUCUUCUGUGCAAAUGUAAAGAAAGUGAACAGUGUGUGAUUUACUGCAAUACUGUCAGUAAGUGUCUUACUGCCAUCAGCAGCACUAAGAACAUUUGGCUAGCUGAACCAGGUAUUUGUCAUAUUGUGUCGAAUUGUUGUGUAUAUUUGUAAAGUACAUUGGUUUCAUUAUUGUACGCUCAUUUAGUUGCACAAGACUGAAAUAUUUGCUGCCCAAGAACCUCCGAAGUGGCAGACGGCCACGAGGUAGCUAUUCUGUUUAGCACCUUAUUUGCUUGUGACUGUACUAUUUCUAAAACCAAUGUAUUUCAUGUCUUGUCCUGUAGUUUUCCCGGCAUGAACUCAAGUAAAGAGCCCGUCUUUAAGAA